CAUUUGGACUAUACCACAAAUUGAACACUGCAUCAAAAUAUGAAUUGCAUUCUUAAAAGUUUAAAAUUUAGUAAAAAGAAAUGGAUAUUAGCAAGAUCUAUGAGUCUUUUAAUAGAGUCUAUAACACUAGAAUUAAAAGCUAUAGAAGCAGCUGGUACUUGGAAGAAGGAACGAGUAAUUGCGUCGCCUCAACGAGCACGAAUUGUAUUAAAAAAUGGAAUAGAAGCUUUAAACUUUUGUGCAAAUAAUUAUCUAGGUUUAUCAGACAAUAAUGAAGUGAUUUCUGCUGCAAAAAUUGCUUUAGAUAAAUAUGGAGCAGGUUUAAGUUCUGUAAGGUUUAUAUGUGGUACGCAAGAAAUUCAUGUUGAAUUAGAAAAAAAAAUUGCUAGAUUUCACGGCAGAGAAAAUGCUAUCCUCUAUGCAUCUUGUUUUGAUGCAAAUGCUGGAUUAUUUGAGACAUUAUUAACAUCCGAAGAUACUGUUUUAAGUGACGAGCUCAAUCAUGCCUCUAUCAUUGACGGCAUCAGAUUGUGUAAAGCAAAAAAACACAGGUACAAGCAUAGAGAUAUGGUAGAUUUAGAAAAUAAGCUGCAGGAUAGUAUGUCAUCGCGAUUGCGACUGAUUGCAACUGAUGGUGUGUUUUCUAUGGAUGGUACUGUCACACCACUACCAAAAAUACUAGAACUUGCAAAGAAAUAUUGUGCUCUUACAUUUGUAGACGACUGUCACGCUACUGGAUUUUUUGGAAAUAGUGGAAGAGGCACAGAAGAUUAUUUUAAUCAACUAGGAAGCAUUGAUAUUAUUAACUCUACACUGGGCAAAGCUUUAGGUGGAGCAGCAGGUGGUUACACAACUGGUAAAAAGGAACUCAUUGAUUUAUUAAGGCAGCGUAGCAGACCAUAUUUAUUUUCCAAUUCAUUACCACCCCCUGUAGUUGCAUCAGCAAGUAAGGUCAUGGAUUUAAUAAUAAACUCUACAGAAAUUUUGGAUCGUUUAAAAAGUAACACUAAUCUAUUUAGAAGUAAUAUGAAAAAAGCUGGUUUUACAAUUAGUGGUGAUAAUCAUCCUAUCUGUCCUAUUAUGAUAGGAGAUGCAAGAUUGACCACAGAAUUUGCUGAUAAAAUGAUGGAACAAGGAAUUUAUGUCACUGGUUUUAGUUACCCUGUAGUACCAAAAGGUAAAGCACGAAUACGCGUUCAAAUCAGUGCUGCACAUUCACAAAAUGACAUAGAACAUGCUAUAAAUGCAUUUGUAUAUAAUGCGAGAAAACUAAAAAUUAUUAAAUGA